UAUAUAUAGGGGAAGACCUUCAUUUGCAUUUCAUAUUCAUACUGCGAAUUAUACCAUAUACACGUACAGCAACUAAAAGAGCUUAGCAGGGAUUUUAUACAGUUUACUACUAGCUAUUCCAACAAGCAAAAUGACUAUCAUAGAGAAGCGAGUGCACAUGGACUGCGCUGGAUGUGAAGGCAAGGUCAAAAAUACACUUCAAAAACUAAAAGGUGUGGAUGACAUUGAGAUAGACAUGGCUACACAAAAAGUGACUGUUACUGGAUGGGCAGACCAAAAGAAGGUUCUUAAGGCAGUCAGGAAGACCGGACGGAGGGCCGAGCUGUGGCAAUUGCCAUACAAUUCAGAGCACCAGGAUUACACUUAUCAUUACUAUAAUCAACAUAAUUGCAAUGGUCCACUCACUUAUUAUGCCCCUCUGCCUGCAUCUUCCUACAACUACUACAAGCAUGGAUACAAUGACCAGGCUCCUAGUUACCAUCAAAAUCCUUCACAUUCCACGAUUUUUGGGUAUCAGACCGGUGCGACGUUUAGUGAUGAGAACCCUAAUGGUUGUUCUAUUAUGUGAUGAUCCAUCAGGACUUGGUGCAAUGACAAAUGUCUUUCACUAAAAACAAUGUCGCUGGUUUAAGUUCGGGAAUCAAUUUCUUCAUAUAAAAUUAGGCUUAAGACUGCUUUUCAUGAUAUCUCUCAGAUUCUGCAAAAGUGAGAGUUUUGUGCACUGAGUACAACUUAUUUUUUUAAGUGUACUUUUUUUUCUUCUUUUUUGAUUUCUUCUUUCAAUUUCUUCUUCUAAGUUAUAAUCUCAUGCAAAAGCAUGGAUUUCCAACUACAUAUGACUGAAAUACUAUAUUAUACAACGUGAAAAAUACACAAUUUGC